AUAUAAAGUCUGCAACAACACUCUGUCAGUUGUCCUUUUCCUUUAAAACAAUAACCAAACUAAAAGAAACCCACUUCCCUAUAUCCAAAUCGAAUUAUAGAAUUAGUCCAAAAAAAGAAUUGUUUUUUCAGUGAAAUGGCUGCUCAAGAGCUUGAGUUAGAAGAGGAAGUGCAGGAAACGAAGAAGCUGCUUUCUUCAUAUCUUGGCUUAAGUUUCUCUUUAUUUUUAGCUUUGUUUCCGCGGAAGUCUCUUUUACUGAUACCCACUUUGGAGUCUCAAGUGAGGGAGCUGUCAACGCGGCUGUUGACGGCGGAGGAGCAGUUGAGGCAGAUGAAGUCGCGGAGGAAGGAGGACUCCAAGGCGAAUGCGAGGGUGGUGGAGAUCUUUGCUACUCACAGGAACACGUGGCAGGCGGAGGAGAGGCGGCUUCUGCAACAGAUCGACGCCGCGGAUGAGGAGAUGGCAAGUUUGAGGUCGAAGAUUGAGGAAUUGGAGAGGGAGAAAGCGGAAUCGAAGAAGCGAAUUGAGGAACUCGAGGAGAUGAUUGGGUUCAUGUCUAGAAGAGGAGGGUGUGAGUUUGAGGAAGAAGAGGAUCAAUUUGGUGGGUGUGCGAGUAGGGACCUUUGUGGUGGGGAUGAUGGUCAAAAUGGCAAUUUGGGAUUCACCUCUGAGUUUUUGGCUUCUGCUUCCAAGUCUUGGGCUGAGAAAGCUAGUCUAUGGCAGGAUGUACAGUAUGAAUCCCUUGAAUCACUGUACCAUAUGAAGCAUUUUGUAGCGAGAAGGGAGUCCCCUUGGAAGGUUGAUGGUGAAUCAACAGGAGUUUCCUCUAAACUAAAGUUACUUGAAGAGGAGUUACUGAAAAUGGAGAAGAUCGGAAAAAGUGAUCUGUCAAAGGUGCCGUCAAUAAUGAGAAAGCAGGCUAAGAGAUAUCAAGCUCUUGCUGGGAAGAUUGAUGAGCUUUGCAGGAGAAUGCAGGCUAGUGAUCCUUGUGAAUCCACACUCAGUCCAGAGUUUCGAACACAAAGGCAAACCGAAUUUUUGCUUGAAGCAUUUCGACUUCAGCAGCGUGCAUCUGAAACUGCCCAGAAGCUUACAGCAUUACAAACUGAGAUUGGGAAAUCAUACUAUGAUGAUGAACUAGGAAGCCAACCCAAGUUAACCAUGAGACGGUCAUUGGACUGCAUUAGAAACAAUUUGAAAGAAGUCCAGAGAAAUUUGGAGAUAUGGUUGGCAAGAAUUAUCGGAGAUCUUGAAGGCAUUCUGGCCAGAGAUGGUGCUUCUCAUCUAAGGGAAUGCUACAUUUCAAGAUAUCCUUUUGUUCAAUAGAAUCUCAAGAAUAAUGGUAUCCCCAAAUCUUGAUCUAACGAAAAUAUAUUUGCUUCUGUGGUAUAUAUGCUGAUCUAAAACCA